CUAGCGGGCUGCGGGGCUGCCACCCUCCGUCCGAGCCCAGCCCCAGCCUGUCCGGCGAGGCCUGCCCGGCAUGUCCCCUCCGCGCCCUGUCCUACGAGGGCCAACCUCCGCCGAGAGAAGGGGCCUGGACACUGGAUUAGUCUUCUAUAGAUGAACAGAGAAGAAUAAAUGUAACCUACAGAGAAAUAUUAUUGUGUGUGAACUGGGGACCAUAGGCAAUGGUGUUCGUAAGAAUGAAAGCACCGUUUCCUUGCCAGAUUCCUUAUUCCUGUAUUUCAUGAACCUACGUAAUCUUGGGCAAGAGCCUGUGUUUAACGAUGACACAGCUGUCACCAGUGUAGCAACAACAGUCCAAGGGAAAAAGACGAAUAAGGAAGCACUUACGUUUAUAUUCAACAAGGGAGUCGUCUCAGUCAACAAGUUGUGUUGCAUUAUUUUUCCGAGAUGAACCGAUAUACAACCAUGAGGCAGCUGGGGGACGGCACGUAUGGAAGCGUUCUGAUGGGCAAGAGUAACGAAUCUGGGGAGCUGGUGGCCAUCAAAAGGAUGAAGAGAAAGUUCUAUUCUUGGGAUGAAUGUAUGAACUUGAGAGAAGUUAAGUCUCUGAAGAAGCUUAACCACGCCAACGUGAUCAAACUAAAAGAAGUUAUCAGAGAAAAUGAUCAUCUCUAUUUUAUAUUUGAAUAUAUGAAAGAAAACCUCUAUCAAUUAAUGAAAGACAGAGACAAGCUGUUCCCUGAGUCAGUCAUCAGAAAUAUUAUGUAUCAAAUAUUACAAGGACUGGCAUUCAUCCAUAAACAUGGUUUUUUUCAUAGGGAUAUGAAACCAGAAAACUUGCUUUGUAUGGGCCCAGAACUUGUGAAAAUUGCUGAUUUUGGACUUGCAAGGGAAUUAAGAUCACAGCCACCAUAUACUGAUUAUGUAUCUACCCGAUGGUAUCGCGCUCCUGAAGUUUUAUUAAGAUCUUCAGUUUAUAGCUCUCCCAUUGAUGUAUGGGCUGUAGGGAGUAUAAUGGCCGAACUGUAUACAUUAAGACCACUUUUCCCAGGGACAAGUGAGGUCGAUGAAAUCUUUAAGAUUUGCCAAGUUUUAGGGACUCCCAAAAAAAGUGACUGGCCAGAAGGGUACCAGCUUGCAUCCUCUAUGAAUUUCCGCUUUCCCCAGUGUGUUCCUAUAAACUUAAAAACUCUUAUUCCCAACGCCAGUAGUGAAGCUAUUCAGCUAAUGACUGAAAUGUUAAAUUGGGAUCCAAAGAAGCGACCAACAGCAAGCCAGGCACUGAAACACCCGUAUUUUCAAGUUGGCCAAGUAUUAGGCCCUUCCUCACAUCAUCUGGAAUCAAAACAAUCUUUAAACAGUAAGCAGGUGCAACCACCAGAGCCGAAGCCAUCUUUAGUUGUUCUAGAACCUGAGCCUCUGCCGGACAUAAACGAGCAGACUGUCAGACAGCCGCAGCCGAAAAACAGCCACCAGCCACUGCGGUCCAUCCAGCCGCCACAGAACACGAGUGUCCUUCAAGCGCCAAAGCAGCAGAAACAGCCACAGACGCUAUUUCCGAGCAUCGUCAAAAACAUGCCGGCUAAGCCAAAUGGUACCCUGGGGCACAAAAGUGCUAGGAGGCGCUGGGGUCAGACGGUGUUCAAGUCUGGAGACAGCUGGGAAGAGUAUGAGGAUUACGAUCUUGGAGCCUCCUAUUCCAAGCGGCCGAGCAUGGGUGUAUUCAAAGAAAAGAGGAAAAAAGAUACCCCAUUCCGGCUUCCAGAGUCGGUGCCCUCAGCCUCGCACCACUCGGCAGGGGAAAACAAGAGCUUACCCGCUGCCGUUUCCCAGAAAUCGGAUUCUGAACUGUCGACUGCUUCCACCGCUAAGCAGUACUACUUGAAGCAAUCCAGAUACCUUCCAGGUGUAAAUCCCAAGAAUGUGUCCUUGGUAGCCAGUGGAAAGGAUAUAAACCCAUAUACUUGGAGUAAUCAGUUAUUUCCUAAGUCAUUGGGACCCAUGGGGGCAGAACUUGCUUUCAAAAGGAGUAACGCAGAGGAAAGCAUAAUUAAACCAAUUGAAAAACUAUCAUGUAAUGAAAGUUUUCCUGAAAAAUUAGAGGACCCACAAGGAAGUCUUGGAAGUUAUGCUACUUACAAUCAGUCAGGAUACAUUCCUUCCUUUCUCAAAAAAGAAGUGGGGUCAGCUGGCCAGAGGAUACACUUAGCACCUCUUGGUGCAACAACUACAGAUGUUCCUACAGAUGGUGAUAGGAGGAAAGAAUACACCUGGAACACAAAACCCGGUCGGGGGCAGUUUUCAGGACCCACUUACAAUCCUACGGCCAAGAAUCUUAACAUUGUGAACCGUGUGCAGCCGGUUCCCUCAGUGCAUGGAAGGACAGACUGGGUGGCCAAAUAUGGCGGCCACCGGUAGGAGUCUGGUGCAAAGCCCCACAGCAUUCUCCAUAGAGUCCAUGCAAGUCCCCAGACCCUGGGAAAUGUGUACAGAUGUCUAUUUCUACUGAGUUCUGGAAGCAAUAUGAAGUAGUGGGUACUCUGCAGAGCACAAAUCAUCUCCUACUAUUUUCUUUCUUUCCUAGAAAUGAAAUCCAAUUUCUUAGCAUCAUUUGCCCGCAGCGCUGACACACGUACGGGUAGGACUUUACAAAGUAUUGAAUAAACUAUUUGCCAAAGUAUCAAGUGUUUGAUCUACCAAUUAAUAGUUACUAAGUAUAAGACACUUUUUUAAAAAAGCCUCCAGAAAGUAAGUGUUUAGAAUGUUUUCGUUUUCAUCUGUUAUUUGCCUAAAUUAACUAAUAUUUUGAUUGGCCUCAGAGGUGUUUUUGUUUUGCUUGGUUUUGGGUUUUGUUUUUGUUUUUUUUAAUGGCAACCUCGGUGGUCUGUCAAUCAGAGCUCGUAUUUGGCUAAGGCUCUAUCUUACCAGUUUGGCAAUGGCAGGGAAUGCUGAUUUAUCAUCUGGUUUUCUACUCUGAAAUUAUGGAAGCAGUGGUAAUUCUUGAGCAGGGCAUCUUUCUUCGGAAUAAAUUUAUCUUUAACAUAAAGAUUUCAAAAUUAUGACACCCGAUGUUAGUGGAGAAAGUCUAUUGUUUGACUUUGACCAACACAACUCCUGUGAAUUCGUGGUGACUAUCACCCUCAAUGGCUUAGAUCAACCCAGAUCAACCAAGGUUCUCAUCUUUACAUCAUUAAGAGAGUUCUUGAAACUGUGAUGUUUGCUCAUCACACUUUCAAAAUACCUUGUUUCCAUGUUCCUACCAGACACAAAGAUGAGGUGCGCCAGCUUUCGCCCAAAGCAAACUCUUGCUGCGCUGCAGAUCGCUGACCUGGCUCCGACCUUGAUAUUUACUCUCAAGAGCAAAUGCAAUUCAGUUGCUAUAGCAGUGAUUCACUUAGUACAAUUUUUUUUUCUUAGUUCUGUUUCUAAACUGGUACUUAAAAGAGACAUCUUGAACUUGGGACUAUAUUUAAAUUUGCCAUUUUAUGGACUGAACAUUAAUACUGUAUAUUCUUUUUAAAGAAUAAUGCUGUUAUCAACUGUAAUUUUUAUGUGUUUUUUGACUUUGUAACAAAUGCUAAUGUAAUUGGCAUCAUCUUGUGGACAUUAUCCAAAGACAUCAUAAAAUAAUCGUAAUACGGUAUUUUUCUAUAGAAGAUUCAGCUCAUCUUGUUGAAAACUGUUAAAAUCUGAAGAGUAAUUUAUGAUGAUGGUAAUGGCUAUAUCUAUUUGUACAGUUUUAAUUAGCAUCUCAAAGCUAAAAAAUUAUUUUGUGUUGCUGGAAGAUUUUACACUUCUUGAUAGAUAUUAAAAUUAAUAUAGUUAA